UUAUACAAACGUCAGUAUUUGUAAAUAAUAAAUAGUCUUUUUACCCAAAUCCUAUAAUAUUAGGGGAAUAGUGAAACGUAAAGUUUAAAAAUGCGAAGAGGCGUAGGUCUUGGGGCCAUCCAGAAACAUAAAGUAGAACAAGCCAAAUACACAAACAUUGGAAAUGAAAUUCAAGAAAAUCAAAUAGAGCAAAUGACCAAACAAUUAGAAGUUUUCAGGGUACAUUUAGAAGAAUUCGCUUCAAAACAUAAAAAUGAAAUAAAAAAGAAUGGUGAAUUCAGAAGACAAUUCCAAGAAAUGUGUGCUGCGAUAGGGGUUGAUCCAUUGUCAAGUGGAAAAGGAUUUUGGUCUGUAUUGGGUAUUGGUGAUUUUUAUUAUGAACUUGCUGUUCAAAUAGUGGAAGUUUGUCUAGCAACAAAUGCCAUAAAUGGAGGACUUAUUUAUUUAGAUGAACUGCGGACAAGACUUAUAAAGGCCAGAGGACAAAGCAAACAGCAUCAAGAGAUUUCUGAAGACGAUCUCUUGAGAGCAGCACAGAAAUUGAAAAUUUUUGGUAGUGGUUUCUCUGUUGUUCCUGUUGGAAAUGGAAAAUAUAUGGUUCAUUCUGUUCCUGGGGAACUAAAUAUGGAUCAUGGUGCUAUUUUACAAUUAUUAUCGACUAAAAAGUCUCAUUCUAUAUCGGUGAAUACUAUACAAGAAAAACUAAACUGGAAAGAAGAUAGAGCUAAGAUAGCUUUGGAGCAGAUGUUAGAUCAAGGAUUGUCUUGGAUAGAUACGCAAGACGAUUCUGGUCCUGUUUAUUAUUUUCCUAGUUUAUUCAAUGUCAACUUAUCAGAAGAAUAAAGAAAUAUUUAUUGAAGCUAAAUAAUGAGACAAAUAAAAUGAUUUUUGAAGAGAAUAUGAAAAAAUUCAAAUAUCAUACAAAAAUACAAAAUAUAUGAAACUUGUAAAUGAUCAAUUUGUAUAAGGAGUUCUCAACCCCUAUAUAUUGAAGAUUUAACAUGAUUAUUCUCAGUUGGGUGUUCCAGUGUCAUUAACUGAAAUUUUGGUGCGUCACUACAGUCCAAGAUGCAAAUUUCUCUAUAUUUUCAUAAUAUGAUAAUGUCCUUCCUUAAACUUAAAUAUUUCAGCUGAACAUUCUUGUGAUGGUUCAUAUUAUCAUUCAAUAUAUUUUUUUAAGUUAUCCAUAUAAUAUCUUAUUGGCAUAUUCUAUUUGAGUUUUAUUUCUUACAAGAAUAAAAUUAUUUCAUAAAUUUUAAA